AUGUUACAACUGUUGUGUUUUAUUAGUUUACCGCGAUUUGUUUACGUGUUUAUCUGUGAUUUUCCACAUCCGUAAAUAAAAAUUUGUUGCUGUCAGUGUGCCACGUCCGCUAUGGAAUUGUGGGUAAUUUACAACAUGGCCGCCGAUUGAGAAAAAAAUCCGAAGUGAACCAAGAAAUCUCGAAAAAACUCGUUUUUCUUGUCUUCCACGAAGAAAACCGUGAGUGUUUCACGACUUAUAAAAUGGAACGUAUCUAUUUCGAUAAAGAAGGGCGUGUCUUGGACUGUCUAGGCGGUAUAUGACGGCAUAACAGAGCGAACAUUUUCGACCCCAAGACAAGUCUUCGAUCACAAGAUCAGAGUUCAACCUGAGAGAAAAAAACAUCUGCACUUUGGACGAUUUUUGUGGCCGAAAAUGCGCCGGUGAGAGGAAAAUCCAGCUCCCAUGGAAGCUACGGGAACGCAGCGGCCUCCCCCGGCUGUGUCCCGGGCGGUGGUGUUAAAGUGCGCGGUGUGUUCGGACCACUCCACGUUCAAGUCUCGGAUGGACUUCGGGAAGCACCUGAGGGAGCGGCACUGUGUGAGAGAAGGCGGGUCUUUCGUCUGUAGGUACGGGGAGAACGGAGUCUGUCCCACCCUGCCGCUGGAAGGCGUCAGCGACAAGGACUACGUCGAUCACGUAGUCAAGGAGCAUUUAUCUAAAGACGGUGCAGUGAGCACAUUACGGAGAACAUCAUCCCAGACCUCCCCAAGUCCGUCCCCCUCAGAACCGGCCGUAGUGACUGACCAGCAGGCAUGGACAGUCUACAACUCUCAGGUCAACCUGGCGUCUGUUCUGAAUGACCCCAGAAGAAGCAGGAGAGAGCACGACUUCUUCACCAAGACCUGGGGAGAGGACUUCAUAGAGAUAGGACCUGAAGACAUCCCCCCUUCCUUCUACCUUCCUAACAUCACCAAGGCUCAUUUUGAACACUACCUAAAGAGUGUCACACAUAGAUAUGCCGUGCACCAACAAAACAAACACAAACUGCCGACCAGCUCCCCCCCAUCAGCUCAGAGUGGUCAGACCCUGACACCGUUACCCAGGCUCCUAGACAAAGGAAAAGCUGAUUUGGAGCAGGUUCCAAAGAUAUUUAUGCAGACCAAUUUUGCGCUGGAAAACCCAGAAACGUUCAACACAGUCUUGCCUUGGUCGCAGUUUGAAUCACCCAAAGACAAGGAACAGGGUAGACAGUCCUCCAAGCUUCUACAGGAAAAGUUGAGUCACUACCUGGACAUUGUGGAGGUUCAGAUCGCGCGGCAGAUCUCGUAUCGCUCGGAGGCUUUCUUCAGCGCCAUGGCUUCACAUGAUGAGCUGCAGGACAACAUGAGCCACUGUCUGUCUGCUAUCAAACAGCUCAGGGACAGGAUCCAUAACAUAGACUCUGUGCUGGCUAAGGGAUCCUUACAGCUCCUACAACUCUCCAAAAGCAGGCAAAACUACACAAAACUGUACCACAUGAUGAAGAUGAUGGCUACAGUUCACCAGACCCAGCCUAUGGUCCAGGUCCUACUGUCCACCAGUGACUUUGUAGCUGCUCUGGAUCUCAUCUCCAUAACUCAGCAAGUACUGGCCAAGGACUUGGCCGGGAUUCAGAGUUUUAGACACCUGGGUUUGCAGCUGUGUGAGCUGGAGCGUGUGAUUGACAGAAUGAUGCAGGAAGACUUCCAACGCUACGCUGUGGAAAACUUAGCACGACCUACAGAGGAUGGAGACCAGCUUUUUGAAGAGGAGAGGCUGACAUCUCUGGUGUACGGUCUGCUGCGACAACACAGGUUUGAGUUCUUGGAGAUGAUGAGAGAAGAAGCAGCAACUGCCAUCAAGGCAGGCAUCAAACAGACUGUUGCAGAAUAUGUGUCACAAAUAGACACCAUUGACAACGAGUCUGUGGGAAGCCUUGCAGACCAGAUGCGCAUGCUGAACUUCCAGCAGUGGUUAGAGAUGUUGGGAGAGGUCUUCAGCAAGCUUCUACUGUUAGUCAGCAGGGUCAAGAUGACAGCUGCCGUCAUUCAGGGUGUAAUACACCUGGCAGCUGGCAGGGGGCACUGCACCACUGAAGUAGGGGUGGCUCUAGGAGUUUCCAAGUCCAGCCGGCCCGUAUCCACCAGCUCCUCGCAAUCCUCCAAACCUGAAGCGGAGCUACGGGACAGCGACAACGGCCUGCUGGAAAACUCGCAUGAGGAAUUCGUCAGCGAGGAAAACCGGGUCUUGGGUUUCCACGACGACCACGUUCUGACCAAUGGGGACAUUGCUGCUUUGUCGAACUCCGAGGAGUUGAGAACUAAAAAGGGAAAUGAAACCAAACAAAACGCUGAAACCUCUAAUGAGAAAACAAAGCCAAACGGAAUCGAUAGGACAGACCAACACUCGGAACUGUCGUCCAAUGAAGUGGCUGGUAUCACAAGAGACGGCGUAACGGAAAACGGCGGGCAUUCCCUGGAUGAGGAGGAGGAUGGAGAAGACGUGGGAUAUUAUCUGGAAGACAGUGAACACACAGUGUACCUGAGUGAGACAGACUAUGUUAAGGUGUCGGGGACCUUAAAGGACCUGCUCUGUUUCCUGUGUGACCACGCCCACGACAGGUGUCUCAAGCUGCUCAUGGCAAGAUCAAAGGAUGGGUUUUUGGAGAGACUGACGUCCAGUGAGUUUGUCCAGUUAUCACGUGCAAUAGAAGGGUUUGUGAAAGACUGUGAGGAGGCCAACAGAUUUGUGAACAGGUUUCAUGAGGAGAGGAAAACAAAGCUGAGCCUGAUCCUGGACAGUGAGCGCUGGAAACAGACAGAUGUGCCCGUGGAGUUUCAGGACCUGGUCAACUCUGUGGACAAGGUAACGGAGAAGAAACCGACAGAGUACCUACUUGUGGAUGGACAGAAGUUUGCUAUUGUUGGUACUGUGCUGCUACUGCUGAAGAUGGUACUGGAGUACUGUCAGUGUGCUGAUGACCUGCCUUCCGCUACACCUGACAUCCUCACAAGACUAGUGGAGCUUCUUAAGCUGAUGGUCCACCACCUGCCUAUAGUGGAGGAACACUUCAGGGCCAGGCUACAGCACAAACAACAGGCCAUGCUCAAGUCCUUCCAACAGGUUGUUAAAGACUACAACGAUCACAUCCAGGAGAUUGCCAGCAAACUCAUCGCUAUCAUGGACGACAUGUUCCAGAAAUCACUAGCAAAGUGGGAAGCCAAGGCCCCCAUGCCAUCUUCCACCUUCCGUAACAUCUGCAAACAAAUCAGCAAGUUACACGAGGCCAUAGUGGACCUUCUACCUCCAGAACAGAUCAGAGUCUUGUUUACAAGGAUUAAUGUGUCCUUUAAGAGCCAUUUACAACAGCAGCUGGUCAGACUAAGUGUUACAAAUGAUGGGGGACCUCAGCAUGGGUUAGAUUCCGACUUCUAGUUUUGCUCUUUCUGUUUUCAAUAUUCGAAGAGUUCCGCCAUGGCGGGACCAUACCUGUUUCCAAUCGGUGACCCAGACGAAGAUUAUGCCGUAACCAUCGCCGUCACGGCAGUAGGUGACGACGGCUCCUACUCUGAAUGCAACACCAGUGCUUCGGACCCAGACCCAGCUCAAACGCUAACGAACCAAGGUUACGGAGCGCUCCUGGAGCAGGCCCUGAACUACUCCGCUUUCUACCCCGGCCCGACGGGACCACCACCGGCGUCUGGGUACAUUUUUGGGGCAGACUGGCCUUCAGCGUCCAGCACAGAUGACCUUGUCAACAUGCUGCAAUCACCUGUGGGACCAGAUGACUUAAAGUUGCAGCUGUUUGUGAGGUCCACGCUUAUUGACAUUCUGUCGGCAAGGAUGACUGUAGUAGACGACAUGACUAGACUUCAUCAAGCUACAAACGGUGUAACCAAACUGUUGGGCACAGGAGAAUUUGUUUACAUCGAGAAGCAGUUGAAAGAUGUGGUGACUUUACUUCUUACCACGACCGAUACCUUGACGCGCGUGCUGCUGUCAGCAACCCUGCCCGACUCACCGCCCAUCGUCUUUGAGUCAGCUCCUACAACCGUCUACUAUCAAAGACAGAGCGUAGAACGUCUCCACGAGGCCAACUUCACCAGCGAAAGGGUCGAAGGCUCUGUGUCCUUGCCAGAUCAAGCCGCAGUCUUCGGGAAUGAGUCUUCAAUUGCUGUCGUGAAUUCGAAGUUUUACGUGAAAAACUACGACGAGCCUGGAUUUCCAGAAGUAGUGUUCAUGAACGACUCCGUUGUGGCUGGUAACGGGUUGUCGUACCACAAGAUACCCACCGGCUCCGGCACCGUGCCGUCACCCAUAUUACUCAUGCUGGUGCCGCCUCCACAUGUCAUAGCGUACCAGGUCUACAUGCAGUACAAUGAGCCACCAACACCAGAUCACUACAACUUCACCACCACCAUACCACCUCUGGAGAGAGCAUGUGACGUCAGCGGGCCUGAGCUGUCCGGUCGUGACGUCACAGAUUUGUUUCCCUGGCUGUAUCCGGAAGUCAACGGAACCUACUACAUUGGGGUGAAGGAACUAGGAUCAGCGGUCUGCAGGGACGUUCCGGGCGUCUCUAUGGCAGAUGUGAAAGCCAGGCUGAGGGAGGCACUUGAGAACGAGACGUACAGUUUGGCCAUCAUGACGCCAAGGUGCACCUGGUGGGACCAGGGGGAACACACCCCCGGGCAGUGGGACCCGUCAGGGUGUACGAUUGGUCCGAACACUACAGCAAGAUACACCCAGUGCCUGACUACUCAUCUGACAGCGUUUGGUUCGGACUUCAUCGUACCGCCCAACUCUAUCGACUUCAGCACGGUGUUUGCAAAGUUCGCCAACCUGAGUGACAACGCAGCCGUGUUCUCCACUGUCAUCGUCAUGUUCGGCAUUUACUUCAUCAUCGUCUUGUUUGUCUUCAAGGCGGACAAGCGAGAUAGAGUCAAGUGGGGAGUUCUACCCAUCGCUGACAACAAGGAAUCAGACGAGAACUUCUACCUACUGACCGUCUACACAGGAUUGAAGUCCGGUUCUGGAACAUCGUCCAAAGCCGGCAUCAUCCUCCAUGGAGCUGAUGGAGACACUGGACCGAGACCGCUGGCCGCAUCCAAGAACCAGGUCUCAAUGAAUACAGUUAAAAUGUUAUAUAAUAAGAUUCCGUCCUCACAGGUUUUUCAGCGCGGUAAUAUCUGCAGUUUUCUGUUGUCCACGGCUAAAAACCUCGGACAGUUGACCAAUGUUCACGUGUGGCACGACAACUCUGGGGAAGGGGGCGAUGCCAGCUGGUUCCUUGAUAGGAUAGUCGUUGGAGACAUACGCAGAAACAAACGCGAUGGUCACCUGUGGUUCUCCGUGGCCUCCCGUCCCACCCGAAGUCACUUCACCCGUGUCCAGCGGGCCUCCUGCUGCCUGUCUCUGGUCUUCCUCACCAUGAUCACUAACGCCAUGUUCUAUCGGACGGACGACAGCGUCAAACAACAGGUGUACCGAUUGGGUCCUCUGGUGUUUACCCUGUCUCAAGUGUGGAUCAGCUUCGUUAGCACGAUUAUCGUCUUCCCGGUGAACUUUGUGAUUGUGUACGUGUUUACAAAGUCCCGCCCUCGCCGACGUAAGACGACUCCCGAGUCCGCAUCCAAGUAUCAGGUGAAGGGCAGUUUUGUCCGGGAGGCGAAGGAGAGGAAACAGUCGGGCCUGCCUCACUGGUGUGUGUACAUCGGCUGGGUUCUGGUCUUCCUGUCUGCAACAGGCUCGGCCUUCUUCGUCAUCCUCUACAGCAUGGAGUGGGGAGCGGAGAAGUCGGGGGAGUGGCUGACGUCAAUUCUACUCUCCAUCUUCCAAUCUGUCCUUCUUGUACAACCACUCAAGGUUCUACUGUUUGCCGUCAUCAUUGCGUUCAUCUAUAAGAAGAUCGGGAAGGCAGAGGGGAUGGAGGAAGACGCGCUCGAUGAAGACGAGGAGUUUCUACCUGCACCAUUAGAUGCUAAAAAUGUACGAGCUCCAGCAAUGCCGCACUCAUCAUCAGCCGCCAGCAGAGCAGCAGACCUGGCCACGGCGCGCGCCUUGCGACUGAAUGAACUUCGGAUGAGCACGAUCCUUUGGGACGUCUUUAAACACUUUCUCGCCGUAGCCGUGGUGUUCUACCUGGCCUUUAGCAGCAUGGACACCCAAGGGUACUACAUGGAGAAAUCACUCAAAUCUCGGUUUCCGACAUUCAGAAAGGUUCAUACGUUUGACAAGUUCUGGACCUGGUCCUACACUGAACUGCAAAAGGGUCUGUUUGCUCGGUCUGGCAGCAAGCUGCUCGAUGACCAGUCGUACAGAGUUGGAGUUGCUGCAAUCAAACAGUUUCGGAGUCGGCAAGGUAUCUGCCGAACUAGUGUUGCUACCUUUCCGCACUGCAAGACAGACUACUCCCUGCAAAAGUAUCAAGACGCGGAGUUUGGCGUAGGGUGGCGCUCGCUGUCUGAUAACAGUACAUCAAGCUUCGCACGUUCUAUGAUGUCACCCUGGGUCUUCACACCGGGAUCGUCUCUUCCGUACAGUGGGCGUGUGGGCACCUACACUGACGGAGCGUACAUGUUCACAAUCGGCACCGAUGCUCGUCAGGCCGUCCUCACUAUGAACCAUCUACAGGAGCAUGGUUGGCUGGAUGUCUUUACAGAAGCGAUAGCGGUCGAGAUAAACGCAUACAAUGCCAACGCCAACCUAUUUGCAGUGAUCACCCUUCUGUUAGAGUUUGUAGCAGGUCGCGGAGCGAAAACGUCCCAAAACAUCCACAUGUUCAAGUUGUAUUCUUACGUAGGGACGUCGGGGCAACUGAACAUAGCAUUUCAGAUCAUUUUUGUCAUCUUGUUCGUACUGUCGCUGAUCAGAGAGAGUAGGAAAGUGGCGCAUCAGAAGAAGGGAUAUUUCCGCCAGCCCUGGAACUGGCUAUUAUUCCUACGACUCCUCAUGUGCAUUGCAGUCAUGGCACUGUUUGCUGCCAAAGAGGUUAUGCGAGGCAACUACGUUGACCAGCUAAAAGAUGUUGAAGGCCACUUCAUCAGCUUCCGCAGCAUCGCGAUCGUCAGCGACGUCUUCACGUCAUUCCUGGCCAUCCUCGUCUUCGUCACGACGCUUCAGUUCAUGUCACUCCUAAGUUUUAACCGCCUCAUCGGUGUAUUCUUCCACACGCUACGAAAUGCAGCUCAUAAGAUCGCCACCUUUUCCCUCAUGUUUCUGCUCAUACUUGCAGCGUUCAGCACCACAGGGUUUCUGGUGUUUGGAGCUGAGGCUGAAAACUACAUGUCUUUUCCAUCAUCCGCCAAGACUCUGCUUCUCCAGAUGUUCGGUAACAUAAACUACGACCAUGAGAUGUCCCCAGGUCAUGUCUUCAUCAGCCGGCUGUACUUCCUAAGUUUCGUGGUAGCGGUAGUGAUUGUUCUCUCCAACAUGUUCGUGACCAUACUGGACGACCAACUGGCUACGUCUAAAAGCAACCCGGGUGGGCCCGGUGGUGAUAGCGACAUGGGUGACUUCAUGGUCAACAAAUUCCUGCAGUUUAUUGGGAUCAACACUGCAUCUGUGCCACCUAAAGGUAUUAAACACGACAAAAAAUAACAUAACUACUUCCCGGAAUAACAGGACCAAAGAAGCAUGAAGACUGUGACUGUGUCAGCUUUAUUGAUUCUGUUGAGUGGGUUUCAUAUUCGACAAACCGUGACGCAGACUCCAACACCGGCAUCAUCUCCAAGCCCAACACCAAGCACAACUCCAUGCCCUGAUCCUGGCACCGUUAAAAUUACUGGGGACUAUCUCAGAAUCGUAGGAACUGCCGAGGAGCCAGCUCUCUUCGAAGCUACCCUCGACCCUCCCUACAGCUGCUACCAGGGAGUGACGUACUCCUGGCAUUGCCGCCAGAAUGUCACCAACUCUUUGGUUAGUUCUACCCCUGCUCCCAUUGGUCAGUACAGUCCCUCGUCACGUGACAGCAGCGGCAAUAACGUGUACACAAACGCCUGUAGUGACGUCAACUUUCAGGAACUUUCUGGAGCAGGAAGCGCCAUUCGCCUCAACCAAUCAACGAUGGAUCCAGGAGCGAUCUACGUCAUCAAAGUGAACGUAACUGUUGGGACGGCCUCGGUGAGCUUUGCGCAGGAACUGCACGUCAUUGGCGGCGGCCCACUGCCAGUUUUUGAAAUUAGGUGCAGGGAAAAUUGUCUGGACGUUCUGAAAGUGACGAAAGAUCUAAAGUUGGAGGCAAGCUGCACAACUGGCUGUACUAGCAGCAGUGGCAGCGGGAAUUCUGGGUGGUGGAACGGUCGCCGCCGGCGCUCCUGGGUAACUUGGAACUACCGUUGGCAACUGUAUGAGGAGAACAUUGUAACUGGAGAGGUUACAGAGAUUCCUGACUUUGCUGGUAUGACAUGGGGAGGUAUCAACAGAAACCAAUUAAUACUAAAAAAGUACAAACUGGAGCCAGAUAAAAAGUACAGACUUCGUGUGAAGGGUUCAAAGUCGGAUGGCUCAAGUUGGAGUUUCCGGGAAUACCAUGUCUUCUCCGGUCCGCCGAGUAGUGUGAACUGUUCCGUUACGCCAAAAACAGGUUUUGCAGCUGAUACAGGAUUCACUAUCGCAGCCGAAGUGCCACCGGAGGUGUCGUCGGAAGAGGACAUAGACUACAGUUUCUUCAGUUCGAACACUUUGCUCACAACACAACGGGAGUCUGUAGCAGGUCCCUAUCGUUUGGAGAGUGGUGUCAUUGACAGUCAUUUUGCAGUGACCAUCAAAGUCCAGGCAGAUGGUGACGAAGGCUUCUUCUCGGAAUGUAGCGUGAAUGUUUCGGUGUUGCCUAAUGUCAAGCCUCCACUAGAUCUGUGGCAAGAUACUCUAACGUUGGCUUAUGAAGCGGAGGUGGAGAUAGAUCAGGGAGACGCGGCGACUGCUGCAUCUUUAGCCGUGAACAUCGUGGAUCUUCUGGACCAGGUCCUGGCAGGGGAUCCAGACCCGUCCCAAACGUUGACAGACCAGGGUUACGGAGACUUACUGAACGAGGCGCUGAACAGUACUACUCACCACCCCAGUCCGACAGCGCCACCUGUACGGAACGGUUAUAUAUUUGGUCACGACUGGUCCACUGCCACAACCAUCGACGGAGUCAGCAACAUGCUGCCCCCAAAUACGCCUGGAACGGGGGAAAAUAAGUUCGUAGCAUUCCGCCAAAAUCCAAUGACGUGGGACCCAGAGACAGAACCCCGGUCCUCCGUCCUGUCACUGGACUUCUUUGAUGAGGCUGGUUCUCGUCUUCCAGUACAGGACACGGUACAACCUUUGGAGUUUCACAUCCAAAACUACGACAAACCAGGAUUUCCUAAUGUUACCUUCAUGAACGAGUCUACUGUUGCCGAUAAUGGCCUGACGUAUCACAGGAUGGACGUGGACAAUGACACCACACCAACACCCGUACUGGUCAUGCUCAUCCCGCCUCCUCAUGUCAUUGCAUACCAGGUCUACAUGCAGUACAAUGAGCCACCAACACCAGAUCACUACAACUUCACCACCACCAUACCACCUCUGGAGAGAGCAUGUGACGUCAGCGGGCCUGAGCUGUCCGGUCGUGACGUCACCGAUUUGUUUCCCUGGCUGUAUCCGGAAGUCAACGGAACCUACUACAUUGGUGUGAAGGAACUAGGCCCUGGAGAAUGCAGAAACGUUCCAGGUGCGUCGUUGGCUGACGUAAAAUCCAAGAUCAAAGUCGCACCCGACAACGAGACAUACAGCUUGGCGAUACUGACUCCACAGUGUGUUUGGUGGGAUAAGAACGGGGGUGGUCAGUGGAAGCCAUCAGGCUGUACGGUGGGACCCAACACCACAGUAAGUCACACCCAGUGCCUGACCACGCACCUGACAGCGUUUGGUUCGGACUUCAUCGUACCGCCCAACUCCAUCGACUUCAGCACGGUGUUCGCAAAGUUCGCCAACCUGAGUGACAACGCAGCCGUGUUCUCCACUGUCAUCGUCAUGUUCGGCAUUUACUUCGUCAUCGUCUACUUUCUGUUCAAGGCAGAUAAACUGGAUAGACUCAAGUGGGGAGUUCUACCCAUCGCUGACAACAAGGAAUCAGACGAGAACUUCUACCUACUGACCGUCUACACAGGAUUGAAGUCCGGUUCUGGAACGUCGUCCAAAGCCGGCAUCAUCCUCCAUGGAGCUGAUGGAGACACUGGACCGAGACCGCUGGCCGCAUCCAAGAACCAGGUUUUCAAGCGCGGCAGCAUCUCCAGCUUUCUGCUGUCCACAAGUGUGGAUCUCGGUGACUUGACUCAUCUUCACGUGUGGCACGAUAACUCCGGGACAGGUGGUGACGCCAGCUGGUUCCUUGAUAAGAUAGUCGUUGGAGACCUUCGCAGUGAUAAACGGUACGUGUUCUUCUGCCAACGUUGGCUGGCAGUAGAGAUGGAGGACGGGAAGGUGGACCGAUUCCUGAGCGCAGCCGGACGUGAUGAACUCACCAACUUCUCCUCAAUUUUUCACGAAAGAACUCGUCAUGAUAUGAGCGAUGGUCACCUGUGGUUCUCCGUGGCCUCCCGUCCCACCCGAAGUCACUUCACCCGUGUCCAGCGGGCCUCCUGCUGCCUGUCUCUGGUCUUCCUCACCAUGAUCACUAACGCCAUGUUCUUUCGGACAGACGACAGCGUCAAACAGCAGGUAUACCGUUUGGGCCCUUUUGUAUUCACCCCUUCGAGGUUGUGGAUCAGCCUUGUCAGCACACUUAUCGUGUUUCCAGUCAACUUUAUUAUCGUGUUCGUGUUUUCAAAGUCACGACCUAACCCGGGGAAGACCAGGCAGUCAUCAACUGGGUCGUUUUAUAAGAUCCCAUCCAGUGCUUCGAAGAUGCACCGCGAUCCCCUGAAACGGCAACCUAAUAAAAGAAAACAGUCGGGCCUGCCUCACUGGUGUGUGUACAUCGGCUGGGUUCUGGUCUUCCUGUCUGCAACAGGCUCGGCCUUCUUCGUCAUCCUCUACAGCAUGGAGUGGGGAGCGGAGAAGUCGGGGGAGUGGCUGACGUCAAUUCUACUCUCCAUCUUCCAAUCUGUCCUUCUUGUACAACCUCUCAAGGUUCUCCUCUUGGGUCUGUUGAUUGCCUUCAUCUUCAAAAAGAUCGGCAAGUCAGAGAUAGUGGACGCUGGUGUCUUGAAUGACGACGAGGAGUUUCUACCACGACCGAUGGAUGCCAAGGAUGUCCGGCCUCCUGAGCAGCCGGUGUCUUCCCGUGCAGCUGACGACAUGCAGCUUGCCGCAGCUCGCGCUCUGCGACUGAAGGAAGCCCGGAUGCGCACUAUCUUAUGGGACGUCUUCAAACACUUUCUCGUCGUGACUGUAGUCUUCUAUCUCGCCUUCAGCAGCGCGGCUACUGUAGGGUACCACAUGAACAAAUCGCUAAACGCACGGUUUCCAACCUUCAAAAAGAACGGUAACAAACUCCUGGACGACCAGUCCUACAGAGUUGGAGCAGCUGCAUUCAAGCAGUUCCGAAGCCGACCAGGUGACUGCAGGACUAACAUCACCCGAUUCCCUACGUGCAAGUUGGACUACACAAUGGAACAGCAUGAAGAGAGAGAUUUCGCCGUUGCAUGGCGAUCUCUACCGGACACGGAUGUCAAUGGAACAAGAUGUCGACCAAAUUGUGCGAAUGACACGGCCUGGACGUUUACAAAAGGGAAGUCGCUUCCCUACUUUGGACAAGUGAGGACUUACACGGACGGGGCUUAUAUGUUUGAGAUCGGAGACGAUCCUGAACAAGCCGUCUUCACAAUGGAGCAUCUACAGGAGAACGGCUGGUUGGAUGGCUUCACUGAAGCUGUUGUAGUGGAGAUUAACGCCUACAAUGCCAACGCCGACCUGUUCGCAGUGAUCACGUUGAUAGUUGAGUUUGUAGCCGGGCGCGGGACAACAGCUACACGAAACAUCCACGUGUUCAAGCUGUCAUCCUACGUAGGAACGUCUGGACAUCUGAUGAUAGGCUUCCAGAUCACCUUUGUCGUUUUGUUUGCCUUGUCACUGUUCAGAGAGGGGAAGAAAAUGUUCCAACAGAAGAGGAUGUACUUUUGCCAGCCCUGGAACUGUCUGGAAUUUUUCAGACUUGUGAUCUGUGUUGUUGCCGUCGUUCUUUUUGCUGUAAAGGAGGGACUGCGAAGCAGUUAUGUCAGUCAACUUAAGGCUCGUGAAGGCGGGUUCCUAAGUUUCCGCAUCAUCGCUAACUUCACCGACGUCUUCGCUUCCAUUUUGGCCCUUCUCGUCUUCGUCAUGACGCUACAGUUCCUGCAGCUGCUCAGCUUCAACCGGUUCAUCGGUGUUCUUUUCCACACUCUUCGCAAAGCAUCCAAGAAGAUCGCGGCUUUUCUUUUGAUGUUUUCCGUUAUAUUUGUCGCUUUUAGCACACUGGGCGGUCUGCUAUUUGGCGGCGAGGCUGAGAGCUACAUCACUCUACUGACCUCCGCACGAACCUUGCUGGUGAUGAUGUUCGGGGACAUGAGUUUCACAGACAUGUCCGCACACCACGUCGUCAUCGGCCGCAUUUAUUUUCUCAGUUUCGUGAUCGCGGUGGUGAUGGUUUUGUCCAACAUGUUCCUGGGAAUAUUGGACGAACAGUUCUCCACAUCCAAGAACAACCCGGACGGGCCUGGUGGGGACAGUGACAUGGGCGAGUUUAUGGUCAACAAAGUCCUGCAGUAUUUCGGGAUAGGAACACGAGCCGUGCGUCCGGAAGGACGUACUGAGUAUGGCGAAACGGAGGAUGUGACGGAAGACGUAGAGGAUCUGGAGAAUAAACUGGAUCUGGUUCUGAAGAAGAUCAACUCGCUGUAG